CAUUCUAUAAUAGACAGAUGUCAGAUUCACACUCUGACCUGCGAGCUAAAAUGUCAUUAUCCUGCCAAUGGGGACAUAUUGUAGGGACAGGGUGACGAGGUGGGGACAGUGAACAGGAGUCCUUUUGUGUUUUUUUCCUUUCGCUCUCAGGUGCUGAAACCUCUUUUCCCUCGGAUCAGACAGAGGUUCCUUUAUUCUAAACCCCGAGCCCUAUUCAUUUUAUAAAAGUUAUUUAUUCUGGUAAAAAUGUCCUUUCAAAACCCCUUUACAGUAUAAAAGUGUCCUCAUCCCCAAUAGGGCCAAAUCCCUGAUGAUUGCACUACUUGUUAGCUUCUCUUUAGGUCCCACCACGUUAAAGUAAUGAUCAACACACACCCAGAUAAACAAGGGCAACCUGGGUAUCAUGUAGCUUUCAGGAGAUCGUUGCUGCCGUCCUCCCCUCCCUCUGAAACUGAUCCGGCUGAGGAAGAUUAGCCGUGGCGUGUGUGCUGUAAUCGGAGUCACAUGCAGUUAAGAGGACCAGUAAGAGAUCGGCCAGAAGCGCCGUUGUGUCCCGUCAACACGAGAGCUGCCGUGUGUUUGAUUACGUUCAGACAUUUUAGCUCGUUGCCAUCAGGAUAUCAGACCUAGAACAACAACAACAACGACAACAACAAUACGGAUAUUGGGAAAACAUCGUUAAUAAUUCUUACAGUGUUCAUUGUUCUGGACUCUUCGCUAACAUGUAAUUCGUGUUAUGAAGGCACAGCGCUGCACCCCAUGCUGACACCGUAGGCUCAUAUCGUUGAUGUGUUCGGAGCCCCGUUGGCAUGACCCCGGGUCAUCCUCACCUUACGCUCACCUGGAGCUGUCCAGGCUCCGGUGGUGCUGAUUGCUCGGCUUUCCUUCCUCUCCAUGUCUGCUUGCCUCUUUGGACACAAACGUGGAGUUUAUUUGGCUUAAGACGCGUCUUGGGGACGCUGUUUUAAUCAGUGCCUUAGCCACUGUCAAAUAUACACCAUUAGAGAAAGUCAAAGUUAUCAUAUAUGCUACUGAGUUUUACACAGAGAACCAGUGCUGAGGGUGAGCUUCUGUUUUCUUGGGUCAUCUGGACAUUGUUGGAAGCUGGUCCUCUGCUCAAUAACUAAAGACAGCCUGUUGGGAUCUAUUGGCAUUGUUAGCUUCCUCCUCAUUCAAGUCUAUGUGAGCAAUUUCUUUAGUAAAUUGGCUAUUUAAAAAAAAAAGGGGAAACGUUACAACAUCACACUGUUAACACGUUGUGCAAACAUCCUCAGUUAUUUGCAAUAAUAAUUGAAACUAUUUUAUGCUGAUUUAAAAUAGUGCUAACCUUACACAGGUAAGUAACAUAAAUGUUAUUCUAAGUUUAGACAAUUGCAAAGCAUUAAAUGCAAAAGUACUGCAGGAGAAGGCAAUAAUAAUAUAUGAUAAUAGAGGAAAUUCCAAAUGGAAAUAAGAACAAUUAAAAACCUGAGGGAAGUGAUCAAAAGACUGCGGUUAUAAUGUGCAAAACUACUUUCAAGCAUUUAUUCCCCUUUCACAGACUGAAACACAUCUAUCUGUGUCACUGAAGUGGGAUGAAAUAGGGCCCUAAGAUGCCAAAAAGUGACACGUGGCCCGGUGGCGUUGGAUCGGAGACGACGGCGACCGGCAUGGACAGCGCGGGCAGCUGUGACAGCGUCCUCAGCACCAACUCGGGCUUCAGUGACGACAGCCUUGACCACCUGUCUGCGGAGGAGAGGGCCUGUCUCAUGUUUCUGGAGGAGACCAUCGAGUCUUUGGACACGGAGGAAGACAGCGGGCUGUCCAACGACGAACCGGACCAGCUGCCCAGCCCGGGAAACCUCGCUAACAAAGUGGCUGACCUGUCGGCCUCCAUGAGCAAGAGUUCGCAGAAACGCGCAUCUCAGGAACCCCCGCAGAGCUUCCUGGUUCCCACGCCUCUCGUGGUGGCGAGCGGCCCUCCUGGAUCCAAGGGAAGGGUUCCUCCAGCCAAGAACGUCAGCUUCAAGCUCCACGUCCCUCCUCCGAGCAGCAGGCCCGAUCACCAACACGACCAGAGACGUUCGCAGGUGCCGCUAGAGGUGAACGUUGUGAUAUCUCCCCCCAGCAGAGCCAGGGACUACUCGGUUAGGAAAGCAGAAGGUCCACCUCGGGGCCCUUUGUCCUACGAGGCGCUCGUUCAUCUGCGGCGGAGCGCCUCCACAAAGAAGACGCCCCUCUGUCCGACAGUGGACCACACUAUAGACUUGGACAAGGGUCUUCCUGUCACAGUGGAAGGCCCCAAACUUGUAUUCCCUCCGCGAACCGACAGAUUCCACUCGGAGGCUCACAAGUCCAAGACCGGUCCUCCGGUGGUCCGCCCCAAACCCAAAAAGACCCACGCCGACUCAUCCGUGAGAGCACAAGCCGAAGCGUCCAUUACCUCGACCUCUUCUUUUAACUUCAAGAAUGCGUCAGAUCCCCAGGUGGUCAGACUGGAAGCUUUGCAGAAGCUGGGUCUCCUGGAAGAGCAACAGCCCAAAAGCCAGUCCGCGGGCCCACGUUUGGACCCCGAACCCAACCGAUCCGCGGGAGGUCCGCCUCACGCCAACGCGUCCAGAAGCCCCUCGUUUUGCCGUCCUCAGAGCAGGCCUCUGCAGAGCAGCGCCAGCUUCCACCAGGACUCCCGGCGGGGGGGUCCCGUGCAGCCGGGGCCGGGUCCCGCUCAGCCCAACAGAGGGCGGGCCGCUGGUCUGGAGCGCUCCGUCACCCUGGACAACCGCAGAAACGGUGGCAACGGCAAAGCCUCCAACUCGGUGGGGUACACGGUGAUGGUGGUGCCCGGCAUGGGGGCCGAUCGCAAAGAGGCCCUCAGGAAGCUGGGCCUGCUCAAGGACUGAAGCGGGCAGCGGCACAAAAGGGAGUGUUAAAGGGGGGGCGUGGCACUGGAGGAGGAGCAGGAAGGGGAAGAAUUUAAAGGGCAACAACAGCACUUUUGGUAACUGUUUUAACAUUCACGUCCAUUCAUUGUCCUCCUGUUUAAAAUAGAAGAAGAAGCACCAAUAGUUUGUGUUCAUGCUGUUUCGUCUCAUUUUCAGUUACGAGGCUCAACGUGGGACCUAAUGAGCGUAAGACUGCAUACAUUUCUCUUUGUUUCUUUUAAAUACGUCUUUGCGUCCACGUUUAUGGCUCCAAUUGUUUGUCUCCCCAAUAGAAAGAAAGUGAAGACAGUGACGCGACCCAUAUUGUAACUUUGCAUUGAUCGUGUUCCUUCCUCAUUAUACUGCCCUUAACGUGCUGCUCCGGUACAUUAACCCAAACCAAACGGAUCGGAUUGUUUAGAACUAGAGUUCACACAUGUGCCUUUAAGUGCAUUCCUUGGAAAACUGUUGUAAAACUGAGAGUUUUGGGUUGUUUUCUAAUAUUUCAUAACGAUUAGCAACGUGUUAUUAUGGAGAUCUGAUGCAUCAUUAACUCACGACUUGUUUCUGCUACUAUUUUAUACAAAAUGUUUGAAGGUGUUUAAUGAUAAUGUCAUUAUGUUUUACACACUCUUUAUCUUUUAAUCUCCAUAGAAAUCAGAAAAUAAAGAAGUCCUCAUUACAUAGA